AUGCCGGAGAAUCCCCAACGACGUGACGGCGCUGGUAACGAGGUGGAGCCGGUGCCGCCACUUGAGGGAAAUGUUGAAACUUCAGCGCCGGAUGCUGCAGAGGAAUGCCAAACCUCAAGUACUCCUACUGAGGCUGUAAUUAUGCUUGACGAGCCGUGUAGAAAUCUUCCAAAGCUACAUUGGCAGGAUUUUAAACUUAUCGGGAGGUGCAUUUCCUUUCUCGGUGAGUCAGUAGUGAAUGAUGAAACAUUGUUUUUACAUUAUGAGGGAUAUGUAAGCAUGGUAAACAAAAAUACGAUAACACUGCUAAAUGUGAACCGCUUCACUAGUGAUGAUUUUCUAAAGCGCCGAGAGCGGUUGGAACAAGAAAAAACCAAGAGGAACGCAAGGAGGGAAGUGAAAGCGCAGGAGGGUAGCAGUAAGGAAGAUGAAAAGGAUAUAGUGACGCGAGAGAAUAUCUGGGGUGAGAACAAUGGAUCGACUGAAGAAGUGGACGAGAGCGGUGUUGCGAGUGGCGCACCUGCAGAUGAAAACAACCGAAGGUCGAUGUUUCUCUCGCUGUUUUAUGUUAACUCUCGGCGGGGUAAAGGAGAUGCGGAGACGCAGUCGGAACGUCAAAAGCUCAUUUGUGGUGCAGGAUCUAUCGGUCCAAUUCCUUACGUUACGUUUGCGCGUUCUGCAAUUCACGAUGUUGUGGUUGGGAAUGAUCAGAGGAGCAGUUUUAUGUCUAUUUUUCGUCAUUCCUCCAAGAAAUUCUUUGACAUGCAGUGUCUGCGCAUGUACGUGCGUCGGUUUCUGGUGUCGGCCAGUAGAGAGAAUAAGGAACAGAGUUUAACUCUACGGUCCUUUGUUGAAAGUAAGUGCAACUACAAGGGCAUUGAUGAUAAUGUUUUAGUGUCGGUGGCGAAGGAGGAACUUGCGGCUCUGGCAAAUAUUGAUAAAAACAUAGCGAAGUGUAGCUCGCGGCCCACAGAUGCGAGAGUAGGAAUACAGCUUCAGUUAUUUCGGGCGCCCCCGGGGCUGUUUAGCGGAACUGGUAUUCUGUUUCUGACACGUCUUCCCAUGCAAACCUUUUGGCUAGCCGUUGUACAAUCUCUGAUGACGCUUAUGUUACUGACAGUGGCCGCGAAUACAUUUAUAGGUGGCCGCAAUGGAAUUGUAAAUGGUUAUAUGUUUCGUUACAUUUCGCCCAUAUUGAUUGGUUGUUUCCAUUGUUUGUUUGCGAGUGCUGUUACAGCUUUUCAUGCCAUCAGAAUGCGAAUGCCGGUAAGGUUUUCCCCUCACGCCAUGUUGCGAGCUGCAGCGGUUGGUAUUGCCAUCGGUUUUUGUUCUCUCGCACUUUUGGCGGUAGCGGAGGCAAUAUCAUUUCCGCGCAUUCAAAGUUACAUUAGGGAAAGAGCAGAGGAUCCAAUUGCGUUGUGUGCGUAUUACAAAAGCAAUGAGUGUAGGGGAUAUAAUGAAAACUGUGAUGUGGAUAGAGAUUCCCCAACAUGUCUCUGGGGAGUUUGUAAAGGUGAAUGGAAGGGGGCCCCAUGUACUCGAAAGCUAAACAGAACUAUUGUAAUGGGAUUUGUUCCAUUUGGUGUGCUUUCCAUUCUUCUUUUCGGUAUGUUUGUUAUAGACGGGUUCCUUCACUAUCGUUUGUUUCGAGUAUCAAGACUUAUUGCAGCAAUCACAUCACGGUGA